CGUCUUUUAAUUUGGUUUCACAGAGUAAAAUAACACAAGAGUACGGAAAUCUUCUUGGAAUCUCCUCGGUUUCCUUUGAAAAAAAAAAAGAUAUUUGUACGGCUGAUCCUUUGGAAAUGAGAGAAUAGACUAAUCUCCCAGACAACAACAGUUUAAAUUUGACAGGAAGGACUUAAGAAGCGAUUUAAAUUUAUUUGAUUUUGUGAAUUUCUAAGACACCAAUCGAUAUGAGUUCAAAGGACAAAGAGCUGACCAGAUCAAAAUUAAAAACAUUCUUGAAGAAUGCCAAGAAUCCGGCAGGUUCUGGCAGUGAGCGAUCUUUGCGACCGGAAACCGAACGGGAACUGCGUCCGGAACAACCAGUUGCCCAGCGAUGUAAAUUUCUUAAGGAUUUAAGUGAUAUCCAUUUACCCUCCCAAAAUCUGGAUGAAACGGCCAUAGUAAAACUAUGGGAUACAACCAAAGAUUUGUUAGUGCCCACCAAAUCGGCUGAGUGUCGCCAGACGGCCCUAACAUUCUACAAAAGACUUAUUUAUACGCAGUACAAGAAUUUAACCUAUAUGCGGGAGCAAUUCUUUUUGGUAAUACAAAAUCAUGAGGUUCCCGAAGAUUUAAAACAUCGUCUGGAGCUGUUGGAUACGCUGACGGAAAAUGGCAAGGAUAUUAAGAACUUGGAAGAUAAGAUCGGCCAUUUCAUGUUACUCUGGCUACCGGCCAUACAUCAGGCGAAUCUUUUACGUCCCUAUUUGGAUAUGUUGGGUAAUCUGAUAAAAUUCAAUGCUGCCCAUUUGGAUAAUGACAUUAUCAUUGGCAUUGUGCAAAAUGCCUGCAAUUUAAGUUGUUCCGUUUCGGAUGAAGACAUUGGCCUGCAAUGCCUUAAUAUCCUUGAAAUGGUAAUGGGUUAUACGAUUUUCCCCAGCGAUCCAUUGCCUCAGUUUGUGUUCACUUUGUGUCGCACAGUGAAUAUUGGACCCUAUUGUCGUGCCUCUUGGAAGAUAAUGAAAAAUCUUUUGGGCACAGAACUGGGUUAUCAUUCCAUGAAAAUGAUGUGUAACAUCUUGAACGAUCGUUCCUCAUACGAGGAUGAAUAUUUGCUGAGAGGCGCAGUAUUUCAUUUGAAUAUGAACAUCUUUAAUGCACCAAUGGUAUUUCAGGUAUCACCAUUGUUCUAUGCCUCAAUGGUGUUGAAUAGCUUUUUGAGGGCUCUGGACAGCCGUCAUGUCUGUGUCACCUAUGAGGUCAUCUUAGGCAUACACAUUGUGAUAACUAAAUAUAAAUCCGAAUUACCCGAAAUUAUUUGGGAUCGUAUAUGUGAUAUAAUGUCGGCCAUUGUGGAUAAUAUUGAAUAUUAUGAAAGAGUUUUCAACAAAACCAACGACUUAAUUCACCUAAAAAGUCAUUUUCACGAAAAUAUCAACUGGAUUGAAAAACUGCUGCAAGAUGAAAAGACCAAAAUUCUAGCAAAUUAUGAACGGAUUUAUGAUCUCAUUGAAAGAGUUGCUGAAAAUCGUCCCGAAUCUUCAGUGCUGCUUCUCAUCGACUAUCGCUCAUCGAAGAUAACAGCCACGCGCCCCGAAUGGCUGCAAUUGUUGAACACCUUCGUACAGCGUUUCUAUAAAAUGUCCAAUACACCGAUACGCAUCAAGGUCAUACAAAGUUUGGUCAAUAUUAUGGAUUUAAAUCGUUCCUGUUAUGAGGAGGAAAUUUUGGAGCGGGUUGUGCUGCCUUUGUUCUCACAGGUCUGCAAUGAAACCGAUGUCCAGUUGCGUUGUGCCGUUGCCAAUGCUUUGAUAAAUUUUGCCCGUCACUGUGAUACCAAACGCUGUGGCGAACUCUUAGAUCUACUGGAGAAAAUCAUAAAUCGUCCCUAUGAACAAUAUAAAUUGAAUGGGGUGGAAAUAAAAACCGAACAGGAUAUACAAGAUGUGGUGACGGCGGUGGAUGGCCUUAUUGAAGUUUUUCUGGUGAAAUUAUAUCGCCUGCCCUCAUCGCAUGCCAUAAAAAUAUUUAAUAUUUUAAUUAGCCACUUGGAGUUGCAUUACAACAAUCCCAAGGUUUUUGAACAAAUCAAUAUUGUGAGAUAUAAGAUUUUCGCCUGGAUGUUAAAGGCCCGGGCAAAUGCCCUCUACCACAUUGGCUUUCCGGAUCCCACAAACAAUGAUGCUAUUAAGUAUAGUUAUUAUUUGGGUAUAGAUUCCAGUAUGCCAGCCGUCCAUGAUAUCUCAGCACAUCAUCAUCAGCCCAGACAUCAGUUGAUGUCUCAACUUUCGGGACAUGAUCAAAUUGUGCCGAAUCCCCAUUUUACUACAAUUUCUAUAAAAAGGGCCUGUGAAAUGAUUGUCAAAUGUUUGGAAAAGGAUAGGGAUUUUCAAAUCUUCCAAUUGGUCAUCAAGGAAUUGCCAAAAAUAAUGCAAAACAAGGCCUUGAUCCAGGGCAAUGAUAUCGAGUCCCUGGCUGCUGCUCUAUUUAAAAUAAUUUUCGAAAGCAACAAGACACUUCAUAUCACCUACAAGUCGAGUAUUGAUGAGUUAAACUCUUUGGUAUUGCCGGCCAUUGCCUCAUUGGUUAUAUAUCAUCAAUAUAUCCAACCCUCAAAUCAAUAUAAAAUUAUUGAGGUUUUGAAAAUUGGCAUUUUAUCAGGCAUUGCAAAUAUUUGUAUAAAUACCAUGACAACGAUUAUUUUGGAAAUGCCAGAGGCCUUAAUGCGAAAAUUGCCUGAUAUUCUGUUGCAAAUGUCCAAGAUGUCCGAUACACCGGCUGUGGCCAUUUCGGUGUUGGAGUUUUUGUCAAUUUUAAGCCGUCUACCCAAUGACCUCUUCACCAAUUUCACACCCCGCCAGUAUAUGUAUGUCUUUGCCAUUUCCUUGGCCUACACCAAACCACAUCGUUAUGAUCACUACAUUGUUUCAUUGGCUCAUCAUGUCAUUGCCGGUUGGUUUUUGAAGUGUAAACUGGAAUUGCGCAAGAACUGUGUUACCUACAUUAUAUCGUCGAUUCAGUCAAAUGCCAGCAUGUUGUAUGACGAUAUCAACAAGCUGUCGCGUAACUUACAACGUCAAGAUUUGAAUAGCCUCAACGAGGACUCGUCAAAUCGUAAACGUAGUACCAGUUUAACUGAACGCGGUAGUCGCAAUACAUCUGCCAUGGGGAGGGGUGAUUCCGAAAUGCGUCCCUUAAUGACGGCCAGUUUGAAAUCUUUUCAUGCCGAACUAGCAGAGACAUGUAUUGACUUUUUGGCUCGCCACACUUUUUCUCCAUGUUCGGCAUUGCCAAAGCGUCUUCCGGCUGUUGAACAUCUACUCAAGGAUGGCCACUCCCAGACCUGGAUAGUGGGUCAUAAUCUUGUAACAAUCACCACCUCAGGUUGCCCAUCGGCACCAACUCGUAAUGGUCUGUGUGAUCGUUGCUCGCAAUUGGGCAAAGCCUACACGCUGAGUCCCAAGAACAGCACAGAUACGAAUUCCGGAACAACACCACUUUCACCCGAAAUUAACCAACAAAACCAAGCCGCACCCAGCUAUGAACAUCGUUACACCAAGGUGUCGCUACAGCACAGCAGUGGCAAUGAAUCGGCCGGUAGUACCGAUUUAACUUCAUCCUCCUCCUCAACAUCACACACAACACAGAGGCAAACUUCUAACAGCUCUACAGCUUCUUUGGAAGCCCUAUCACGUCGUGGUUCUAACCCUGAGGCUGGUAGCACCGAUUUGGGCGUGGGUGGCAGUUGCGUUUCUCUGCUGGGCAAUUCGCUGUCAUCAUCUAGUGUUUGCGCCUCUCCCAUUUGUGUGCGUUCGUGUACCGGGUGGGCAGAGAUAUUUAUACGUCGACCCACGGGAAAUAUAUCCUGGAUAACACGCAUUCAAAAUCCCAUAUCCAAUGAAUGUUUUGGUUAUGAGGUGCCGUUCAGUAGUAUGGUUUCGUUGUUUUUGCCCACUGCUCAGGGUGGGGUUUUUGGACCAGAUUUUAUGCAAAAUGAACCCCAGAUGGGAGAUUUGAAUAUUUCUACUGACUCGAAGGAGAGAACCCCAACGCCCAUACCAGUUGAAGUUACGAAGGAGGAAACUAAAAAAGAAGAAGAAAAUCGCACAAGAUCCACCAGUAAAACUAGAACUCUGUUGCGACAGGAAGAGAUAUCUUCUUCAGCUGUGGCCGUGGCCUCGGCUGGUACGGCUGCCAUUGAUAUACCCAAGAAACCGGCUGGAAAGCGUGGCAAGGAAGCCCUCUGUGGCAGUGUUAGUGAUGGUGAAGCUGAUGAGGAGUACAUGAACAUCGAUGGAGGACAAAUGAGGGCACGUAAACCUGUGCGUCGUGUAAAUUCCAGCCCGGAAAUGAGUUCCAGCUGGCGUAAUACCUUCUUGGCAAAUAAGCCGGCCCCCUUGGGCCAGGAAUCGAACGUGGCGGCAGAUCCGCCCGUAGAUCCAAAUCAACAACAACACUUACAACAAAUGCAACAGAAAAAGAAAACUGUGCAGUAUAGCAAGGUUAGCUGUGAAGCUAUUCCGGAAGAGAUUGCGGGAUCAACCCCACCGCAAAAUGUGGCGGCGAAUAAUGAUGGCACUUUGAAGGCCCCUGAUGCUGGAACUUUGCCUCCCAAACAGUUGUCGGCCGAUGAUGUUAGCCAAAAGGGGUCAAGUGGCCAGAUUCCGGUGCAACAAUCGGCCUCUUCCACCUCGCUGAAGUCAACAGGAGCUGGAGCCGAUGAAAAGGUGGUAAAUAAACCGCCACUCUCACCAGCCCCACAACAUUCGCCACGCAUGGAAAAGGGCCAUGCUCCAGCGGUUAAAUCCACCUCUUUUGGAUCUCACCAGGGCUUGGCAAAGUCGAGCAGCGGUGGUAAUAAUGUCAAUAUGGCUUCCUCGGCCACAGGAGGUGGCAGCUCCCAGAAUGAUUACAACAAUGGAGAAAUGCGUGGUCGUUCCAAAACCAUCUCCGUUGUGCGAGAAGUAAAUAAUGGCAAAACUCGUCCCACUGCCAGUUCUUUCUCGCGUUUCGGCAACAAUAAGCCUCAGCUGAAUACCAAGCUUUGCAUUAAUCCAAGUUUCAUAUUUAUGCAACUCUAUCACACGGGUCAUGUUCAGGUAACGGAUACACCAAUUAAAGUGCCUCCCGAACAGAUGAGUGCUGUGAGCCUGUUGGAUUUGGCGCCACCCUUUGAGACGCAUAAAAUUGGUGUGCUUUAUGUCGGCCAAGGGCAAUGUAAUAAUGUCGUCGAGAUUUUGAGAAAUUCUCAUGGCAGUACCCGUUAUGUGGAGUUUUUGAGAGGUUUGGGAACAUUGGUUAGCCUCAAGGAGGCUGCACAAAAUAAUUUGUUUAUUACUUUGGAUACUUGUGGGGCCGAUGGAAAGUUUACCUAUGUGUGGAAGGAUGAUAUUGUGCAGGUAACUUUCCAUGUUGCCACUCUAAUGCCCACCAAACUGCAAAGUGAUCCAAAUUGCAACGAGAAAAAGAAACAUAUUGGCAAUGAUUAUGUGAAUAUAAUUUACAACGAAAGUGGUGAAGAAUAUAAUCUCAAUACAAUUUCGGGUCAAUUCAAUUAUGCAUGUGUCAUUGUGGAACCUCUGGAGUUGAAUACCAAUCGGAUUUAUGUUAAAGUUCGGCCGGAGAUUGCCACAUUUGUUUAUCAUCCAGUACCGAAAAUUGUGUCCGAUAAAAGUGCCCCAUUGUUGGCCAGGCAAUUGGCAUUGCAUGCGAAUUUGGCCUCCAAUGUCUAUCAAAGUUUGCAAAAGAAAAAUCCCUAUGCUUCCAAUUGGUUGGAAAGAUUGCGUAGCAUUAAACGUCUAAGGGCAAAGCUAAUUGAAAAUCAAGUCCAAGGUGGUGUCACCGCUGCCCAUGCCGACAUAGAUGAUCGUCCUUCGGAAGCCUUACACAAACAAAAUACAAAUCGUGACUUUACAAAAUACACUUAAGAAAUGUUACCACCAACACCUUCACACAAAAUACUAGCAACUAUAAACGACAUUUAUGGAUUUUAUGAAAUUUAAAAUAAAUUAUUUAUAUUUCGUAAAAAAAACGAUACAAAAAGAAUAGAAUUCUUUGACAAAAUAAUAUUUAAACUUGUUUAGCUGUGCUUUAAUAAUUCAUUUUCUUUUAUUUUUU